AUGGGUUCAACUAGCAAUUCGAAAUUUCUCUGCGUCGCUGAUGACGUUGUCGACAUACCGCUUCCAACUCCAGAAACGGAUGAAGCAACGUUUUCAAAUUCGAUCGAGAAACCGCAGGAACGGCCGAGAGGUCGAAUCAUGGGCAUCCGAAGUUUUCCAGUUUCUCUGCCGACAGAACCGCCUGACGUUCUAGAGGCGAGACAAAAAGCGAGGAGUGAUGCCUUGAGAAAUGCCUCGCUGAACGUGAUCAACCAACUAAAAGCUGAUCACGUUAGACGCGCCGGGCGAUACGGAUUUAAUUAUUACGAAGACGAGUCUCAACAAUUGUGCUCGUGUUUCGAGAAGCUCACAGUAUCGAAAGAGCAUCCGGUUGGUUAUUUCGCCGCGAAUUUUCGACAAACAACCCGGUUUGCUUCGGAUCGUAAUGAAUUCGAGCCGGCAACGUCUGUUCUAAGACGGUUGGAACGCGAAAAUCCGGAAUUCAUCGAAGAAUUGAAAUCGGUGAAUAAAGCUGUGAAAGAAGCAGCUGAAAAAUCGCGAAAGAAAAAAAAUGCCAACCCGGCAGCGGAUAAUAUUCACGAUAUUUUGAGGCGCAGUUAUAAUGGAAGAGGAUCGCCGAUGAAUUCAGAUUCCGAGAACGACACUACUGGCAGCCGUGAGAAACCUGAUGAAGUUACAUUUAGCGCUAAGUACUCCAUCCCACUAUUUUGUGCUCAUUCUUUCCUCUCGACAACACGUAUAACAGGAGACAUUAAAUGCGGGCCGCAUAAGGAACGUGUCGCUGGCGGAUUACUGAUGAGAGAUGAUGAGACUGGAAAAAUUGUAUUGCUCGCAAUUUGUCGCAAAUGCCUUCGAAGUGAGAAUCAUUUCGAUAAAACGAUCGUGUUUGAUAAAACUCUCGUCAAGCUAAUGAAGAUAAUGUAUCCAUUCCAAGUGACUCCACGCGACCACCUUUUUCGAGAUAUUUGGACGGCGGGGAAAAAUUCAAUAAUGGGUUAUCGCCGACUGCAUGGAGGUGAACGAAUUUCAAUUAAAUGGAAAACUUUGAAAGAAGCUGUAAAGGAGGAACAAAUCAAUUUAUCUGUUGAAGACGAUAUCGAAAUGCGAUUGGUAGGAAGCAGAUCAUUGCGGGAGAAGUUCAACUUUGUUGGCGUGGCAACGUUUAUUAAAAUCUACUAUCAAUGUGAUCCUCACAAAGAGCAAUUGCUGUGUGGUCUAGUAGUUGGCGAUAAGUUGACAAAUCGACGACUAGUUUUGCCAUUCUGCAAAAGUUGCGCAAACCAUCAGGAUCCUUCUCAUCGCAAUCUUCCAAGUGACUUACUCACUGCACUAAGCAAGUUUAUGGAAGAUAACAAUGACGACCACGUACACCGAUUUUUCAAGAAAUGGGACGAGCAAGACAUUUGA